AUGUUAAAGCACGCUCUAGUCCUGGGAGCUUCAGGGAUUCAGGGUUGGGCGAUAGUGAGGGAGCUUCUGGAUGACAGAAAUCAGCACACCUUUUCAAAGGUUACAGCGGUGACCAACAGACCACUGGUUCAGAAAUUUUUAUUGUGGCCACAGAGCGACCGUCUGCAACUUGUGCAUGGCCUGGAGCUCAACGGCACUUCUAAAGCUAGCCUCGAGAAAAAUUUCCGCGAGAAGAUAUUAGACAUAGAUGCAAUCACUCAUGUUUACUACUGUGCAUAUCGAUGGCUUCCUGACCAGGUUGCAGAGAGGACAGUAAAUACUCAGAUGCUCCAAAAUGCAAUAUCAGUCAUUGCUUCCCUAAGCUGCCGGCUGGAAUUUGUGGUGCUUCUGACUGGAGCUAAGGUAUAUGGAAUGCACCUUAUGAAAACUGGGUUUCCAUUCGGCAACUAUUUACCACUUUCUGAAGACCUUCCUCCAUUACCAGAGCCUCAUGGCAGUCAACUGCUAUAUACAGCGCAGACCAAGGUGUUGAGAGACCUGUCACUAGAAAAAGAGUGGACCUGGUGUGAGAUACGCGCAGACUUGGUCAUUGGAUUUGUCCCAAACAACAAUCCGCAUUGUCUGCCUCAAAUCUUAGGAAUAUACCUCGCCUUAUACAAAUACAUUGAAGGAGAAGGAAGCACUGUUGCAUUUCCAGGGUCAAAAGGGGCUUAUCAUGCUAAGUUUGUUCCGGCAUCACAAGACACAAUUGCAAAGUUGAGCACAUAUGCCUCUUUGCACCCAGAUACCAUGGGCCACGGAGCAGCAUAUAAUGUGGGUGACAAGCAAGAGCCGACAUCGUGGUCGAGAAUUUGGCCUACAAUAUGUUCCGUCUUUGGGCUUCAAGGUUUUGGCCCACUGAACUGCACCAUACAACCGAUUGCCUACAUACAGGCACAUCGGGAACAAUGGGACCAAGUUGUUCGCGAAAAUGACCUUCGAGCAGGAUUCGUGGAUAACGAUCUGUUGAACCCAUCAAUCUUCAUUUUCAUGACAGGCCUUAUGGACUUUGAUCGUCAGUUGUCUAUUAAAAAGUCCCGCCAGGCUGGCUUUGUGGAAGAACGGAGUGAAGAGGAGGCUUGGUUCAGUGUUUUUCAGCGGUUCGUGGACGCUAAAAUCAUCCCGCCAGUGCUUACCCAUCCACUUGAAUGA